AUGGAGGAUACGGAUACAUCGGCGGAUUCGGAACGGAAAAUCUCGAAGAAUCGGAAACGAGUCGCUUGGAAGAAGAAGAUUGCGUCGAUUCAGGUUGCCAAAGCUCUCGCCAAGCCGGUUCAAGCUGUAAAACGGAUUUGCACAAACGAAACCGAGAUCUCCAGAAAGGUACUCCGAAAGAGGUCAGUGUUUACAAUUGUUUUUUGUUUGAUUUUAGAUAAUCGACGUCUGUAAUUUGAGAAUUUGAGGUCUGUCUUGCUUUGACCACACAUGAAAGACCUUUGUCUCCGUAUUUCAAUUGUUAAACGUUUUUUGGGUUUGGACCUGAUUUUAGGCAGGCUGAAGACUAAAUUGCUUAUAGUAUUUGCUCUCCAGUUCUCAUCCUGUUUUUGAGGAGGAAGAGGUCUCCUGCUGCUUAUAAAAGUUUCACACCAAUUUGGUUCCUCUUCUUCUUAUUUUUUUUUUAUCAAACUGACAUCUGGACAUCAAAAACUUAAUGUUCUUCAUAUUUUAUCUCGGAAAUGCUAAAGAUUUUUCUAGAAACGAUUCUUAGCUUGAAGAUAGUGGGCUUAAAUAAAUCUUAUGCUUUUUGGGUUUUUCCUAUAAAAACAUCUGAUUUAUCCCGAAUAUUAUAGUAGUUAACAGAUAUCAAAUUGUAAUCGAAAAACAAUCUGUUUAUUGAAUUCCUCUCGGGAAUGGUCAUUCUCUCGUCCUUCCCUUCUCAAAAAAAAAUACUUUGGGUCGCGAAAAGCGAGUGUUUUCUUCAUUUCCGGCCUUCACCUUUUUGUUCGGAAAUCACUUUUAUGGCUUCCACAUAUUUCCUAUUUUUAUGUCAAACACGUCAAAUAAGCGCCUUAAAUUACUGGUAAAGCUUAUCAUAUAUUUUCCUUAUAAUUUUAUUUACAUUUUACCUAAAAUUUACAUUGUUUUAGCUUACGGUUUAUCACCCCGAUCUCAUUAUCUCUUCGGACCCCGGUUGCCGUCGAUUGUUUCCCGAAGAGACGAGUUACAAGUUCCGAUAGUUGCUAUGGUAAGUUUCUAACCUUUUGCUUUGUGUGUUUAGAUAAGAAGUGAUUCAUGUGCCGUAAAUGCUUGAAUAGUAUAUACCUAUUGCUAGAUUUCGAAUGUGAAAUCAUGUUUUUGCUAUCCUGCGAUUUUUUUUUGAAUGCUUAGCCUUUCAAACUCUAAGUUAUUACUCAAAAAUUUAUGAAAUUUCUAAACAUAUUUUUUUUCAUUUUAUUUGCUAUGCUUUCCCACUAACCGGUUGAUUUCCUUCUUGUAUGUGAUGAAUUCGCCUUCCUCGUCUUUGCUGUGACCUCUCAAUCUUCAUUUUUUCAGUGGGUUGUGCUUUGUAUGCAGAUUUCUGGUUUUUUGAGAUUUAAAGCUGAAAAAAUUUUAGUAAUAGAUUAGUAUUUUAGCGUUCCAAUUGAGAAUUCGUCUUGAAACCGAGGAUGAGUAGAAUGAAUGGCCCAUCAAAAAAGAAUAAAAAGAGGAAAAGAAGAACCAAGAAGUCGGAGCCGAGCAAAGACAAUGAACUGACGGAAAGCACCGAAAGUACGAAGGGCGAGGUGUUUUUUUGAGAGUGGCUGGAGCUUGUCAGUAGGAGUAGUUGCUGGGUUUGCUCUGUCUUUGUCGUUGUGACCUAUCUUUGUAUCUCGAGUCGGAUUCUUUAUUUUUGUAAAUUCGUCGUCUUCGUAGAAAGAUAGAGUGUCUGGGUGUGCAGGUUGCUAAUAAAGGCGUAUUUUAGUUAAAAAAAUGAAAUUGUUUUUUCUUUUGACAUUUUUUUCGAUUUUUGACUCUAUUUUUGACGUUGUCCGUGCUUCUGUAUGAUAUUUAAAUGUGUGUUUGGCCCACUAUUACUCCCAAAAUGACUGGUUCUCAUAUUCUAGCUGGAGAACGCAAGGUUUCCUUGCCAUGCGAGGUGUCUGUGAACGUGGACUUGAGCAGUAUAAGUCAGAAUGUGGAUGCCACGACUGCCGAAACUCGGAGUCUGAACUUAGAGUUGAGCUGCGAUGAUGCGGAGCGACUACGCUUGGCCGCUGGAAAUGACCAAAGUAAUUAUUUUUGGGGAUAAAUGGGAGAUUUUUAUGUUAUAGUAGACGAAUUAAAAAAUUGUUUAACAAGGAAAGUACUUCUAUGGGGUGUGGAAUUACCGGUCGAGAUAUAUAUCAAAAAAUUCGCAAAAAUUUUCUGAUUCAGAAUAUAUAUAAAUUAGCUGCCUAAUUUUGGUCUAUCAGCGAGUUUUUUCAAUAAAUGUUUUUCUCGAGGAAAAAAAUCUGCCGAGGGAAACGGGUUCGAUUCUUUUUGCCACACUAGAACCCAUUUUUUACAUUGGAACUACUUUUAAGGUGUAGUUGUAAUCCAAUUUGAUAUUUUAAGGCUUUUCAAGGCCUCAAAACUUAUUUUAGCACAAAACAAAAUUUUUUAAUUGGUAAAAACACGGCCAAAAAAGACACUUGCAUGGUGUCGCGAGAAAAGAAAAUUUUAGCGAAUUUUUUGAUAUAUAUCUCGACCGGUAAUUCCACACCCCAUAGAAGUACUUUCCUCGUAAAAAAUAUUUUUUUAGUAAAAGCUCUUUCUUUGAUGUUUUUCUUUGUAUUAAAUGAGUGGUUUUAGAAGUGCGAACUCUCUCAGCACCUUGGAAAGGCCCGGUCACCCCUGAUACUAUCCCAAAAGAAGUGGCAUUGAGCUGUAGUGGCUGUGGAUUCCUUGGAACAUAUCACUUCGGAGUCAUGGUCUGCUUCCAACGACAUGCGAAGGUAGGGCCCGAAAAAUUUGAUUUUCACUUUUUAAUGUACGACUUGAAAUUUCAUUUUUGCUGGUUAUCAUAAAAUAAUUUUAGACCCUCCUCAGCCAUGUGACUCGCUUCUCCGGGGCCUCUGCCGGCUCUCUGGUCGCCUGCUUGAUGUGCUACAACCCGGAAAGCCUCGAAGCAGGCCUAAAACAGAUGUACCUCCUCGCCGACGAACUGAAUUCCCUAAAACUGGGUGCCUUAACUCCCGGAUUCUACCUCAACGAACGACUCCAGAAGAUUAUUGAUAAGUUUCUGCCAGAUCAAUUGCCAGAACCUCGGCAUAAGCUCUACGUAUCACUAACCCGUCAAAGCGACCGAAGUAAUGUCAUUGUUUCGGACUUUAGAGACCGAGCUCAUCUAGUUCAGUGCCUUCUAGCAAGUUGUUACAUUCCCAUGUAUUCCAUGGGAUAUUAUGCGACACCACCGGAAAUUGAUGGAAAUGUAAGUGGGAGAUUUUUUUUGGGAAUUUGGGGCGUUUGGUAGUUUUUCAUAGCAAGAUAAUGUAAUAUAUGGGUAUUUUUUGUGCAAUGUUAUGUAAGCUUACGUUGAUAUAAGGCCAACAAAAUCAACCUUUAAUGCCAUUUUUGCGAAAAAGAAAGAUUGAUCCAAUAGCAGAGUGGUAGGGAGUUAGACUGUGAGUCUGAUGGUCCCGAGUUCGAGGAACGCCUGAUUCAAAAGUCAAAGCGGUCAAUGAUGUUUUAUACUCAACUACACACACACUACUUUGAUCUUAUUUGAAGUUCCUAAGGGAUCGACUUUCGGGUAGAACCCUGAAGAACAAUGAGAAUAUUCCGAACUGAGACCGUUUUUGACAAUUUAAAAAUGUUUUGGGAUAGUAAGCAUAGUUUUUUUGAGAUAUUUUGUGAUGCGUAGUGUAUGAAUCGGGUUGUAAUAUACGGUGAUAAAAUGAAGUUGUUUUAGCUAUAUAUUGACGGUGGAUACACGAACAACUUGCCGGUCUUUGAGGACGUCCCCACCAUCACAAUAAGCCCGUUCAGCGGCUCCGCGCUGAUCGCACCAGCUGAUAGUAACCUCUUUGAGUGGAGAAUGUCACUCGGAAAUCAGCUGAUGAAGGUGGGAAAACAAUAUUUUGAAUUUUUGGUCGAUUUUUUUUGGAAACAUUGGUUAUAUUUAAGGUGAAUAUGCAAAACAUUGUUCGUGGAGCCCAAGCCCUCUUCCCACCGUCCAGCCAGGUCCUCCACGCGUAUUAUGAAAUGGGCUUCCGCGAUGGCCUCAAAUUCCUCCUUCAGAAUGGACUUUUGGAGAGAGAGGAAGGCACUGCACUAUGA